ACCUGCAGGUUGCAGAAGUUGGGAAUGAGGUUGAGAAUGCAGAUGUUAGCGACAGUGGGAUUAAUUCUGAGUCUGUUAGUUGAGAUUCAGAGCUUCCACCUCCCCUCCGGUUACCUCUGCUCCCUACAUACGAUUCGAACGAAGGAUGGUUUCUUAUUAGGUCUUUACCGCGUCUCUUCUUCUUCUUCUUCUUCUUCUUCUCUAGGGUAUGGAGAACGAGGCCAUCCGGUUCUGCUUCUGCAUAUGGAAGGUGAUGGUUGGUUCCUAUAUACUCCAGACCAAUCUCUUGCUUUCAUACUUGUGGAUCAUGGUUUUGAUGUUUGGGUACGAAAUGUGUGUGAAACACGCUCCAGCCACGGGGACCUUGUAGAGAUGAUGAAGUACAUUAAUUCCGUAACAAACUCAAAGCUAUUUGUACUCGGACAUUCACAGGGUAAAAGUUUCGCUGUCUUCACUCAACUGGAGAUAGCAGAAAAGGUUGAAGCUGCAGCUCUUGGACUUGCCAAGGACAUUCAACAACUGAACCACAAAAGAACCAGGUUCAAAAGUACCACUCCCACAUUGCUUCAUCAUAAUGAUUUGGCACAUGCUGAAGCUAAGGCCAAAAAUCCUACACUUUCUUCGUUUCAGCCUCAACAAACUUCAAGGCAACAAUUUCAGGAUAUUGCUAUGGCUUUGCUAUUUGUAAUAGGAUAUGCAGGCAUCAUAUUAGAACAAUAUCUAGCCUUCAAUAAAAGCGGAGUGGGACUGUUGAUGGCUGUAAGCUUAUGGGUGGUUCGGAGUAUUGGGGCUCCAUCAACUGAUAUAGCUGUUUCAGAGCUAAUCUAUGCAUCUGCGGAAGUCGGUGAAAUAGUGUUUUUCUUGCUUGGUGCAAUGACCAUUGUUGAGGUAGUUGACGUUCAUCAGGGAUUUAAGCUGGUUACAGACAAUAUAACGACCCGAAGCCCACGCCUUCUCCUGUGGGUGAUUGGAUUUGUUACAUUCUUUCUCAGUUCAGUUCUAGACAGUCUGGCAUCCACCAUAGUCAUGAUUUCUCUGUUGCGGAAAUUAGUACCUCCAACAGAGUAUCAGAAGAUUUUGGGAGCUGUUGUUGUAAUAGCAGCAAAUGCUGGUGGUGCAUGGAGUCCUAUUGGUGCUGUUACCACCACUAUGCUGUGGAUACAUGGUCAAAUAUCAGCUUUGCAAACAAUAAAGGGUUUGUUUGUACCUUCAGUCAUUUCUCUAGCUGUUCCUCUGGUUUUGAUGUCCCUGACUAGUGGAGUCAAUGGGAAGGGACAAAAUUCUCCUGACGUCUUUGCCUCUGAACAAAUUGCUCCUCGAGGGCAGCUUGUUUUCUCAGUGAGUUUUGGAGCUUUAAUUUUUGUGCCAGUGUUCAAGGCCCUCACAGGUUUACCUCCGUACAUGGGAAUGCUGCUUGGACUUGGCGUGCUUUGGAUCUUCACUGAUGCUAUCCACUAUGGUGAAUCUGAAAGGCAGAAGCUAAAAGUGCCACAGGCUCUGUCAAGGAUAGACACUCAAGGAGCACUAUUUUUCCUGGGAAUUCUAUUAUCCGUUAGUAGCCUGGAGGCAGCAGGGAUUCUUCGGGAAAUAGCAAAUUACUUUGAUGCACGUGUUCCAAGUAGUGAACUUAUUGCAAGUGCUAUUGGAAUGAUAUCUGCAGUAAUAGACAAUGUUCCAUUGGUUGCUGCAACAAUGGCAAUGUAUGAUGUCUCUUCUUUCCCUCAAGAUUCUGAGUUCUGGCAAUUGAUUGCAUUAUGUGCUAGUACUGGUGGAUCAAUAUUAAUUAUUGGCUCAGCUGCUGGAGUUGCAUUCAUGGGGAUGCAAAAGGUGGACUUUGUUUGGUACUUACGGAAGGUUAGUGGCUUUGCCUUAGCAGGGUAUGCUGCUGGUAUUGCUACCUAUUUAGCGCUUCAUAAACUCAACAUCUCCCAACCAACCCCAACUGAGGUUUCUUCCCUUUCUAAUUCCUAAAUCGACAAUUCGGACUUCAUUCAAUUCGAUUUUCAUGGUAUCAAAAGCAGCAUAGUUUGUUAAAAUAAUGUAUAUAAGUCAACCAGUUGUAUAAGUUGUCAUGGUUAAGAUUUUUAUGCGCAAAAAAUUAGGUAUAGAGUUAAUCUUAAUUAUCUAUGUAAGCAUGAAUGGUUUAGAUUUUUAUUUUUUUUAUA